UGAGCUUUGGGGACUGUGGCGAGCAGCGGCGUGCCCCAUACGUCUCGGACGACACACGGUUCAAGGUGAUCAGGAAUGGUGUGUUCUCUGCUACCCGGCCCCUGCAGCUCCGGAGGCAGGAGAUUAGCUUCUCCGUUCACACAUGGGAUGCUACGGGCAAGAAGCACUCAGCCAGGGUGACCCUGCACAGGAGGCGGCACCAUCACCAUCGCCACCAUGACGAGGGGCAGCAAGAGGACACUGCACCCGAUGUGCUGACCUUCCCCAAGCCCAGCCAUGGGCUCCAUCGGCAAAAGAGGGACUGGGUCAUCCCCCCCAUCAACUGCCCCGAGAACGAGCGGGGGCCAUUCCCCAAGAAGUUGGUGCAGAUCAAAUCCAACAAGGACAAAGAGACCAAGGUUUUCUACAGCAUCACAGGGCAGGGGGCAGACACUCCCCCCGUGGGGGUCUUCACCAUUGGGCGGGAGACGGGGUGGCUGGAGGUGACGAAGCCGCUGGACCGGGAGGAGAUCGACAAAUACGUCCUCUUCUCACACGCUGUGUCAGCCAACGGGCAGCCCGUGGAGGAGCCCAUGGAGAUCAUCAUCACCGUGACGGACCAGAAUGACAACCGGCCUGUCUUCACCAAGCAAGUCUUCAUUGGCUACAUCGAGGAGAACGCAAAGCCUGGCACAUCCGUGAUGACUGUGAACGCCACAGACGCAGAUGAUGCAAUCAAUGUGAACAACGGCAUCAUCGGCUACUCUAUCCUCAGCGAGGAGCCCAAGAGCGCACAGCAGAUGUUCACCAUUGACCCCGAGAGGGGCAUCAUCAGCGUCAUCGGCACGGGGCUGGACCGGGAGACCACUCCCAACUACACACUGAUCAUCCAGGCUGCAGACCAGGAGGGCAGUGGCCUGACUAACACUGCCACCGCCAUCGUGGAAGUCACUGAUGCCAACGACAACGCUCCUGUCUUUGACCCCACCAUGUACCAGGGGACAGUGAAUGAGAACGAGGUGGGGGUGGUGGUGACGCGGCUGCACGUGACAGACCGCGACAUGCUGGGCUCCCCAGCCUGGCAAGCUGUCUACAAGAUAAGGAGUGGGAACCAGGACGGUGAAUUCAGCAUCACCACCGACCCCAAAACGAACGAUGGCAUCCUGAAAACAGCCAAGGGCCUGGAUUACGAGACCAAGAACCAGUACAACCUCUUGGUGACAGUGGAGAACGCCGUCCCCUUCACCGUGUCCCUGCCGCUCUCCUCAGCCACCGUCCUCGUGACAGUUGGUGACGUGAAUGAAGCCCCUGUCUUUGUGCCCCCGGUCAAGAGGGUGGAGGUGAUGGAGGACCUGCCUCUGGGGCACCAGGUCACCUCCUACACGGCCCAGGACCCUGACAAGGAUCAGAGGCAGAAAAUCACAUACCGCAUGGGCAGUGACCCCGCAGGGUGGCUUGCCAUCGACCCCGUGAAUGGCAUUGUCACCACAGCCCAGCCGCUGGACCGGGAGUCGGUGCACGCCAUCAACAGCACCUACAAGGCCAUUGUCCUGGCUGUGGACAGUGGGUCACCAGAUGCCACCGGCACAGGGACGCUCCUUCUCCUCCUCCAGGACGUGAACGACAAUGGGCCCAUGCCAGAGCCCCGGCUCUUCGAUGUCUGCAACCGGCAGCCCGAGGAUCAGACAUUGACCAUCAUCGACAAGGACCUGCCACCCAAUACCUACCCUUUCCAGGCAGCACUGGAGCAUGGCUCUGGCACCAACUGGACCGUCACGCUGAAAGGACAAGACCAGCUGCUGCUGAAGCUGGUGAAGGAGCUGGAGCCGGGGGAGUACAGCAUCUACCUGAAGCUGACGGAUGGCCAAAGCAAGUCGCAGGUGACACAGGUCAAAGCUCAGGUCUGUGACUGUGAAGGGCCAGCCAAGAACUGCGAGCGGCGAGCAUUCAUCGCCAGUGGGCUGGGUGUCCCCGCCAUCCUGGGCAUCUUGGGGGGAAUCCUGGCACUGCUCAUCCUGCUGCUGCUGCUGCCGCUCUUCGCCAGGAGGAGGAAGGGGUUUAAGGAGCCGCUGCUCCCGCCUGAGGAUGACAUGCGGGACAAUGUCUACCACUACGACGAGGAGGGUGGUGGAGAGGAGGACCAGGACUAUGACCUGAGUCAGCUUCACCGCGGCCUGGACGCCCGCCCUGAGGUGAUCCGCAACGACGUGGCACCCCCGCUGAUGGCUGCCCCUCAGUACCGGCCCCGUCCUGCCAACCCUGAUGAGAUUGGGAAUUUCAUCGAUGAGAACCUGAAGGCAGCCGACACAGACCCCACGGCCCCCCCUUACGACUCCCUGCUGGUGUUCGACUACGAGGGCAGUGGCUCAGAGGCCACCUCCCUCAGCUCCCUCAACUCCUCCUCCUCCGACCACGACCAGGACUACGACUACCUCAACGAGUGGGGCAGCCGCUUCAAGAAGCUGGCAGACCUGUACGGCGGUGGGGAGGAGGAU